AUGCAGCAGCAACAGCAGCAACAGCAGCAGCAGCAGCAGCAGGCCUUUGGGGCUGACCUGCCUCCCGACUACAGGCAGAAGGUAGCAGAUUCUCUUGGUUUGCAUGCAGACGGUAACUACCAAGCUACCUGCUGGCUGCUGCAGCAGCAGCAGCAGCCGCACUUGCAGGCGCUGCUGCAGUGGCUGCUGCACCCCUUUGCGGUGUUUCCUCCGUUGUCUGUGAAGUGCAGCACGUUCGCGCUCCUGCAGCAGCAGGAGCAGCAGCAGCUGCAGCAACAGCUGCAGCAGCAGCAGCAGUUUUCUGCUGCAGCAGAAGCAGCAGCAGACGCUUAUAGACGCUUUGAUGAGGCAGCAAAACUCGUUGCCCUGCAGCUGCUGCUCGAAGCUGUUAAAACCUCCUGGAGGGCGACAUGGAAGGAAGAGCAGCAGCUGCUGCUGCAGCAAUCGGUGCUGCAGCUGAUACAGCAGCCUACGGGGCAGCAGCAGCAGCAUGACCUGUCGUUGCUUCCUCCCGCAGCAGCAGCAGCAGCUGCUGCUGCUGCAGUUAAGCAACGCGUGCAUGUACCUACCUUCUCGCUGCUGAUGAAGGCGUCGCAGUGCUUAGCAGCAAUGUGCUGCUGCAGCAAGACCGGAGCAGCAGCAGCAGCAAGCACCAGGCAGCUGCUGCUGCAGCUGGCUUCAGGGGCCACUGGCCUCUCUAUUCCUGCGUUGCUGCAGAGUGUGGAGUUGAACGAUCCCACAGCAGACACGCAGCAGUUUGCUGCUCUCGUGCAGCAGCAGCAGAAGCAGCAGCAGCUGCUGCCUCCACCGCAGCAGCAGCAGGCUUUUGUCUCUGCAUGCCUCUUCCUCGGUCUUCUCUUAGAAAUCUUGCUGGAGCUCAAUGAGGAGAACAACACUUUGAUGGGGAGUCUGCAGGGGAAGGAGCGGCGGCAGGUCGCUCAGGCCCUCCACAAGGAGUUAAGCAGCAGCAGCAAUUUGCUGCUGCAGCUUUCUCGAUGCUUGCUGCUGCUGUUCUCUGCGGAUCCUGCUGCUCGUUCCCGCCUGCAGCCUCUCGCCCUUGACUGUAUCAGGUGCCUGGCUGCAAUUGGAGAUGUUGCUGCAGUGCUGCGGUGUCUCUGCUGCUGGGGCCUCGGGGGUGUAGAGUUUCAGGGAGCAGAGGGUUUGCUGCUGCAGGCCUUCGAUGUUGUGAAUGAACGCCUUGUUAGAAAAAAGCAAAAGAAACAGGCAAUUGAAGGUGUAAGCGUUGAGACUGCAACAGCAUUUUGCUGUCUCCUUCUGCAGUCUGCUGCCUCUGUCUUGGCGCUCCCCGUAACAGGCGAAUUCGUAGAAGAGGAACUAUUUGCAAUGCAGCUGCUGGUCGCCGGUCUCCUAAAGAAUUUCAUUGAGAACUGCGGCGACUACGUGCUGCGCAGCUUCGACCCCGCAGUAGUGGGGGCCCUCUUAAACAGCGGCGUGCUGCGAGUGGCUCUGCAUCCCUCAGUUCGGGUUGCAUGCAACGGGAUUGCUGCUGCUGCUGCUUUGCUGCGGAAGCUUGCUGCUCUUGGCCUUGUUUCUGAGGACCCCGCAUCGCCGCAGCAGCAGCAGCAGCAGCCGCAGCAGCAGCAGCAGCAGCAGCAACUGCCGCAGUGGCUGAACGUCCCCGCUCUGCUGUCGGUCACCUUCGUGCGGUGUCUCCGUGUUGGAGACCCACAAAUUGUGAAGCUGCUGCAGCCUGCUGCUGCUGCUGCGCUCGACUCUGUUGCUGUAAGGCUGCUGGAGACAGCAGGGGACAGUGCAGCAACAGCAACAGCAGCAGCAGUAGCAGCACUAGCAGCCCGGCGCCAGGAGCUGCAGCAGAAGCUCCUCGCCCACCAGCAGCAGCAGCAGCAACAGCAGCAGCAGCAAGAAGAACAAGAGAAACAGCGCAUGCAGACAAAGCAGCAAGAUAUGCUGUCGCAGCUAAGGGCUCUUGAAGCUGCUCUCAGGGCCCUUGAGGCAAUGCAGCCGCUGCCGCUCCCCUCUACUGCUAAUUGGGUGCACACUGUCGCCAUGUACGCGGAGGCGGAGGAUGCAGUCGCGAGGGAUUCGUCGGAUGCGACGACGGCGUGGACGGAGGAGGUUUGUCAGCAGCUGCUGGAGUCUCCUUUGCUGCUGCAGCGGCAGAACAGCCCGGAUUCGUUGCUGCUGCAGGUGCUGCGAGCAGCAGCAGCAUCAAAGCCGUACGAGUUAAUGGAUAAGAGCCAGCCUCUUUUGUUUCCUUCUUGUAUUCUUUUAGAUGGCUGCUGCUCUUUUGUAGAGGCCCAGGUGCAGCGACUAAAGAGCGCAUGCUUGACAGCAGCAGCGGCGCAGCAGGGCAGCGCAGCAGCAGCGGCAGCAGCAGCUAGUGCGUGGUUGCUGCCGCAGCAUGCAGCAGAAUCCUCUUGGCUGCUGCGCCUCUGUCGGGUGUUUGGGGGCCUCGUUAGAAUUCCUUUCUUUGAUGCUACCCGUGCUGCUGCUGCAGUUCAGGCUGCAGAGCGCGCGAAGGCAGCAGCAGCAGCAGCACGCAGCGCUGAAGCAGCAGCAGCAGCAUUCAGUAGCAGCGGCUUGUCCUUACAUGACUACUUCUUAGAGAUAAGGCGGCUAGAGUUCGUCUCUGGGGCUGCACAUCUUCUUAGAUAUUCGCCGCCUUUAGAUAUUAAAAGUGUGCUGGACCUCCUCUUUCAGCACAUUCUGUCUAGCGAGAGCGCUGCUGCGCAGGUCGAGAAUGUCUGGUUUUACCCUCUAACUGCAGCGCAGCAGCUGCACUUGUGGAUAUACGCGCUGCAGCAGCAGCACACGCUGCCGCUGGUUGAGCCGUUUGCUGCUGCGCUGCGGGGGCUGCUAGAAGAGGUGGAGCAGCAGAAGCAGCAGAUUCUCUCGAGAGAUACAGAUGCUGCUGCUGCUGCUGCUGCUGCUGCAGUCCUACCACCUACAACAGGUCUUGUCUUUUAUUUAUUUGGAGAUGUACGCAGACAGCAGACUUCACAAGAAGAAGAAGAAGCUGCAAAACGAAGGAGAGCGUUGGCGCGGGUGCUGUCUUCGUUAGAAAGUUCUAUCAAACGGACGACGGUGCCCACAGACCCUGGAGCUGCUCGCGCUGGUGGUUAUAUUGUUGAGUGCAGCAGCAGCAGCAGCAGCAAAGUGUUGCAGUCAGAGGGCGGCUUCAGCGGGGCAGACGAAGCAGAAUUAAGGAAGCCAUUCCCCCAGUGUCUCCAUGAGCUGCUGCUGCUGCAGCAGCAGCAAAAACAUCUGCUGCCCAGGAGACAUCCCCUCGCAGCCCUUGUCACCAACUUGCUGCCAAGCCUCUUCGAAUUCAUAUUUAGACUGCAGCAGCUCUGGACUGAGGAAGUGAAUCCUGCUUUAUUCCCCUACCUGCAGGAGCUGCUAGAGCCAGGGACAGAUGAAUACUUAGCAGUGCAAGGAAGCGUCUCUUCCUUAGCAGGCGACGCCUCUGCCUUACCUCGGGCUGUGCUGCAGACUUUCCCCUGCAGCAGCAGCAGCAGCAGCAGCAGCAGCGGCAGCAGCAGCCCGAGCCCGAGCAGCAACAGCAGCAGCAGCAGCAGCAGCAGCAGCGGUAUUGGGGAGAGAGAGAGCGCAGUGCUGCUGACGAGGAGACACUGCUACCACUUGCGUACACUUGCAUAUCGGCUUGCUGGCACUUGUGCUGCAGCAGCAGAUGCUUUUUAUUUGCUGCCUGACUUAGGAGAGAGGCUGAGAAGCGCUCUGCUGCUGCCGCUGCGACAGAAACUCCCGCUGCAACACGUAGAGCAGCAGCUCCGCUUCUUCUGGUCGCUAGUGCUUGAUGCAGAGACACUGCCCCCACAGCCCCCUUACCCGUCUCAGCAGCUGCUGCUGUUCUUUGUAAAUGAAGGUUUGCUGCCGCUGCUGCAGCGGCUGCGGGGGGAGUGGGCAGCAAUAGCAGAGACAAAGAGGGCGUUGGAGAGCAGCAGCAGCAGCAGCAGCAGAGAAGAAGAGAGGAGACUUGGGGUGUACUUGCAGCGUGUCUACGCCAUCAGCAACGUAGGAGAAGUGCUGCUGCAGCAGAUCGGCUCCUUGCUGCACCACAAGACAAGUUCUGUCGUUGCUGCUGCUGCUGCUGCUGCUGGCAGCAGCAGCAGCGGGGCCAAGACCCCACCAAACAGCUUUGGAAGUCUACAAGCAAGUGCUGCUGUCUCCGCCUCUCCUGCAGAAGAUGAGGAGACACCUGCGUGCGCCCGCCAGGACAGCAACGCCAGCCUCCCCAGCAGCAGCAGCAGCAGCAGCAGCAGCAGCGCAAACGACUUGCGGUUAGGGGUUUACUACAACGCUGCUCUCUUGCAGCCUCUUGUUGCUGCUGUUAUAGAGAUACAGCGCUGGCCUAUACCCACCCUUAUACAUCAGGGACAUGCUGUGCUGCGGGCUGUGGGGAAGACAAUAGCGAAGCUGCCUCCACCUAUCCCCGCGAGUUUGCUGGACUUAUGUUUUAUGAGUGUCUCUCAGCUUGUCUCUUCAUACUUAGAUGCGGUGCAUUUCGAUCCCCUCGCAUUUGGCGGUGUCUCGCUGCAGCAGCAGCUGCAACAGCAGCUGCAGCAGCAGACGCAGCAGCGGGAACAAGGCAGCACCCCGCUGCAGAAGUAUAUAUCAGGGGCAGAUGUUGCUGGCAGCGGAGCCUCUUUGCUGCUGGACUUCACUGGCAGCAUCUACCAACUCCUCAGCGCCCUCGUAAAGGCCACUGACGCGAAGACAAAAGGCGGCGACAGCACAACGGCGACGAAGCAGCAAGUAACGGCUUUGAUAAGCGAUCCCAGGAUCGCUGCAGUUCUUAACCUCUUCCGCCCUCGAGAGAAUAGUCAAGCAUGCUGCGACGGGUGGAUGGAGGAGCUGCUGACGGGUUUGUUGGAAUCUGAUACAAAGGACGUCAAAUUUAUUUUAAAGAGUUUCUUACAAGACAGCAGCAAGGAGUUGCUGCAGCGUGCGUUUGCUGCAGAAGAACGAGGAGCUGCAGCAGCAACUCCGGUAUUAGCUUUAGUUAUAGCAGCUGCUGCUGCUGCACCUGCAGCAGCAGUGCCAGCAGCAGCUGCUGCCGCAGUUCGGGCAGCAGCAGAAGUAGCAGGCGCGUUUGCUGCUUCUGCUGCUGCUGCUGCUGCUCUUCUCUAG